UCUACCGUGGGAGGGCUCAUAUUUUAGGGCGAUAUUUUGUCGCGGGGGCGACAGAGCAGCACCACUUCACACACUCCGACGGAACUCAGCAGCACCUGGUUAGGGACGCCGUCCACCAUGGAGCACUUCACUCUCCUGCUAAUAUACAUUCUCCGCCUGGGCUUCACCUUUGGAGGAGAUGAAGGAAUUCACUGGACUUAUAAAGAAGGUGCCUUGGAUCAGAUGCACUGGGCAGAAAAGUACCCCGAGUGCGGUGGGGCACGACAGUCCCCCAUCGACAUCCAGCGGAGAAAAGUCCGACACAACCCCUAUAUGCCAGCGCUGGAGCUCACCGGCUACGACAAGAUAGAGAACGGAAAUUUCCGCAUGACCAACAAUGGACACUCAGUUCAAAUUGACCUUCCUCCCACCAUGGUGAUAACCAAGGGCUUCCCUCAACGCUACACGGCCGUUCAGAUGCAUUUGCACUGGGGAGGAUGGGACCUGGAGGCCAGCGGAUCCGAGCAUACCCUGGACGGCAUCCGCUACAUGGCAGAGAUGCACGUUGUCCAUUACAAUUCUGACAAGUACAGCAGCUUCACAGAGGCCAGGGAUAAACCAGACGGCCUGGCGGUGCUGGCGUUCAUCUACGAGGAUGGGCACUUCGAGAACACGUACUACAGUGAUUUCAUCGCCAACCUGGCCAAGGUCAAGUACGCAGGGCAGUCCAUGACCAUCACCUCAGUGGACGUGCGCUCCAUGCUGCCAGAGAACCUGUCUCACUUCUUCAGGUAUCAGGGGUCCCUGACCACCCCCCCUUGCUACGAGAGCAUCCUGUGGACUGUGUUCGACACCCCCAUCACUUUGUCCCACAACCAGAUCAGAAAGCUGGAGAGCACCUUGAUGGACCAUGAGAACAAGACCCUGUGGAAUGACUACCGCAUCGCCCAGCCACUGAACACCCGGGUGGUCGAGUCCUCUUUCCUGCCCCGCCUCAGUCAGGGCUCGUUCUGUCGACAGGAGGAAAUUGAAGCUAGGCUUACGAAGAUAGAGGAUAUAAUUACAAACGUGGACAAGCGCAUUACCUCCGGGCUGCGAGUUCUCUACCCGCUGGUGCUGUACUUCCCAGAGGGGUACCCUGGGAGCUACGCUGAGGUCACCCCCAUGCGCCCCAUGGACCUGCUCUCCUUCACGGUCUGCAUGCACGUGCGCGCCAACCCCGAGACCGUGCACACCGUCCUGUCCUACUCCGGCCCCGACCGCGAAAACGAGCUCGCCAUCACCACGGGCUACGAGGCGGGCCUGUGGAUCGGCAACCAGUACGUCAACUUCGCCGGCGGCGCCGUCACCCGGGACUGGGGCCACUACUGCGUGACCUGGGCCUCCCACUCCGGGCGGGUGGAGCUGACGGUCAACGGGGCGUCGGCCGCGGUGAGGAACCUGCGCCCCAAAUACGACCUGCAGCCCCGGGGCACCCUCAUCCUGGGCAAGAACAGGGACGGCCUGCUGGGCGUCUCCGAGUCCGACCCGCUGGUGGGCCACCUGACGGACGUCAACGUGUGGGACCGCGUGCUGAACUCGGCUGAGAUCCGGGAGCAGAUGGCCUGCGGGGUCGACAGCCCCAAGGGGAACGUCCUCAGCUGGGGGGUCACCCCGCUCCGCCUGUACGGCGGGGUGGAGCUCAAGACAAACUACAGGUGCCCCUAAAUGUGGCGCCCCCCCCCACCAGGCGGGAAGUCCUGCUGUGUUUUUAUUUGGGCAAAUGCUGAGGCAAAUAUAUAAAAUGCCACAUAAAGAAGCAAAAAUAACAUCCAUUCGCUGAUAUUCACAUAUGAAUGAAUGGAUGGGCUUGUGUGAGUCCUUUAUAUUCUAUCACAUAUAGGCUUAUGCUAUUAACAGUUAAAAGUAUGGCUCAGCUGUGUCAUAUCAUGUUUUGAUUGCCUAAAUCAAAUGCAAAAUCAUCCUAGCUUUCGCUACCAUUUUCAAAAAAUUCUGAAUGUGCACAUCACCAUUCACAAAUUGCAACAGUAUCUCGACAAGUUCAGUAGAUAUACAGGAGGUAAGCGAAACAAUGGGAACAUCGAUGACGGAAUGUGUGUUUUACUACUUUGAUUUGGUUUGCCUGGAGAAAUGUAACCAUGGAGAAAUACCAAAGGCAAACGUGUGAAAUGAAGGGAAGUCAAACAAUCAGCAUGUACCUACAUGUUUAUUUAGCAUCAUAUAGCGUUUUUUAUACACACCAAGAUCAUUUAUUGUUUCUUUUUUAAAGCAGUAUGAUACAUUCCUUUAACUUAGGCUCUGUCGAGCUCAGUUAGAUUAACUAACAGGCAUUUUACCGGCCUCCUCUUCACUUCCUUCCCAGUCAUUGUUGAAAUACACAUUGAAUACACGUGGUUGAGUGCCUUGGAGUUCCAGCUGCAGCUCUCGAGUUGCGCUAGUCGUAUUGGGUUCAUCCCUGUUGCUCUGGUAGAUGCGGGCCUCUCAUCUUGCCUGCACUGGCUCAUCUGCAGUGAUAUGUUGCUGUUGUUCUCGCAUCACUGGCAGGAUGUGCACUAGAGUCGUCUGGCAGAUGAAAGGGAGAACAAAGCUGUGCUGUGGGUCAACUGUGCUCCUAUUGGGCAAGACAGAACACAAAUUGGGGGGGGGGGAUUUAGAGCCCUCCCAUGACCAAAAACAAUGACGCAAGUAAUAGAUUGAAUAAUACAUUUACAUAAAGUUUGCUUAGCAGGCACUCCUAUCCAGAGCAACUAAAAAUGUAGGAUUUAUAUAGAGCAUGGUGGAUGUGAAGUGAAGUUCUGCAUGUACCGCUGGAAGCAAAAUAAAAUCUAAGAAUUGUAAAAUACA